AUGGAGAGGCUGAAGACAGAAGCCGAGGACAGGUGGAGGGUGGAAUGGACGUUCCACAAUCCCUACAGCUGGACUAAGAAGUUGAUAGAGGAUCCGUUGAUCUUCUACGGAACGAAGAGGGGCGUCAACUACCACGUCAUGCAGAUUCUCACUGGGCACGGUAUCUUCAAUUGGUACCGUCACAGGAUUGGGAAAGAGACGCACACCAGUUGUUGGGAUUGCGGAGUCGCCGUGGACGAUGCCGAGCAUGUGCUGUUCUGGUGCUCUAGAUGGACAGGUGAGCGCGCGGAGUUGGAGGCCGAGAUAGGAGAAGAAUGUAGGAUAGAGAACCGGAUCGUUGAGAAGCUGGCCGCCGAGGAGCGGCUAUGGCUCAAAUUCAGCAAGAUAUGUACGAAGGUCAUGAUGAACCGCCUUAACAAGGAGAGGGAGGUGGAGGCUCUGCGGAGAAGAGAAAGCAGGAGGAGAAGAGUGUAG